AUGAUAUUGAUGAAAUUUAUAAUGUUAAUAAUGAAAGUAUCAUUGAUGAUGAUGAUUAUGAAACUUAUAAUGAUGUUGAAGAUGACACCAUCGAUGAUAAAAAUAAUGAUGUAAACAUAAUUGAUAUUGAAGAUGAAGAUAAUACAA